AUGGGAUUGGCGAAUACCACACAAGGAGAGAUUGUCAUUGGCGGGUAUGAGACAAGUCGGUUUACAGGUCAAUUGAGCUUUUUACCGGUAGUAACUUAUGGUAGUACGGGUAAAGCCAAUCUUGGAGAAACAGGAAGCGCAGAGAAUGGAGUGAAUAAAUAUUGGACCAUUCCUGGACAAGCAAUAGCAGCUUAUGAUGUAAACGGCACUCAAGUAUAUGAAACAAGAUUAGAUCAAUUGGAACCCGUGAUACUUGACACAGGCACCACAUUAUCCUAUCUGCCCCAAGCCAUGGUGACGAGCUUAUUAGAUUUGGUAACGACGAAUUAUACCGCAUUGGCUUUAAACAGUGGGACAAUUCAAGCAUACCAAGUGAACUGUCAAGACUUCACACGUCAACAUCUUUGGUUUGACUUUCAGUUCUCUCCGUCUACCCUUACAUUCUCAAAUGAUCCUGUAAAGAUUCGUGUACCCUUAAAUGAAAUGGUGCUACCUCAAGAUACAAACACGAUGGAGACAGCCACGACAUGUCUGUUUGGAAUCGCACCUAUUUCUACCAGUUUUUUAAAUUCGGUGGGGUCUGGGUGGAUUCUGGGACAAACGGUCCUCAGAAGUGCUUAUGUGGUACACGACAUGUUGGGUUUACAAGUGGGGAUUGGAGCUGCUGCGAAUGGAUAUCAUUCACCCACCAUGGACGGUGAGGAAUCGAACGGUGUUUGUGUUACACCAAUUACCAAUCAUCAUGACUGA